AUGUAUGAGAGGAAGGAAGUUGUAGGGAAUUGGGUGUUUAAUUUUAGAAGAAGGUUGUAUGACUGGGAAGAUUGCGAGGGGGCUAUUGCUUCUGCUGGUCCUAGUAUGAGAAUAAGCAAACUGAUAUGGGUUAAAUAUUUGCCUCCAAAAUUUCAAUUUUUUGGGUGGCCAGCUUGGAAGAAUAGAAUUAAGACCUCAGUUUUUCUUCAAAGAAUUGGUGUGCUUCAUAACAAUGUGUCAACUUUGUGUGUGUUCUGCAAAGCUGUGAAUGAAACAGUAGAUCAUGUGAUGGUGUCUUGCCCUUUUGUAUGGAAUGUAUGGGCUGAAAUGUUAAAUUGGUGGGAUGUUCAAGGGGCUUUACCUGGAUCUGUUGAAGUACUAAUUUUAUGGUGGGAUGAGGAAUGCUUCAGCAGUAAAGAGAGAAAGAUCUGGCGGGGCAUUCCACUGGUUGUGUUGUGGUCUGUGUGGAAGCUUAGAAAUGAUGUUGUGUUCAAUGCUUCAAAUCCAAGCUUGGCUGAGUUAUGUGAAGUGAUCAAAGUUAGAGUUGCAUUAUGGCUGAAACCAUUUUACACUGAACAUAAUUUCACAAUGCAAGAAUUUGUGAUUAACCUUAGGCAAGUGAGCAGGUGCAUCUCUGGUAGAUGGCUAUGA